GCAGCAGCAGCAUGGUCUCCCCCGGCGGCUUCGCCUGAGGCGGGAUGAGGAGCCGCCCGUCGCAGCUGGGCAAGGUGCUGAGGAGGAGGUUCCGCCUCGUGCUGGUCUUCGGGGUGCUGGCCGUGGCGCUGUGCGCAGCCUACCUGGAGCUGGUGGUCUUGGCCGACGGCGGGGGACACCCCUUGAACCGCAGAUAUGGAAGCUGGAGUGAACUAGCUAAAGCUCUGAGGACCCAGGACAGCCCCAUAGUGGAUCCAAGCCUGCAGUUUUAUCUGCCUCAGAAACCAGAAAAUCUGGUUCAUAGCAGAGUUAACAGAAGAAGCAAUAAUAAGACAGAUCCUGCAACUUUGAUUAACUCUGCCCCCUGGAGGCCUGAGUUCCAGGGCCAAGUCAACCUUCAUGUCUUUGAGGACUGGUGCGGUGGCUCCGUGGAACAGCUGAGGAGGAACCUCCACUUUCCGCUGCAUCCCCACACACGGACUACUCUGAAGAAACUGGCAGCAUCUCCAAAAUGGACAAACUAUGGGCUGCGCAUCUUUGGCUAUCUGCAUCCCUUCAGUGAUGGUGAGUUUCAGUUUGCCAUUUCUGCCGACGACAAUGCAGAGUUCUGGCUGAGUCCAGGCGAGAACAUCUUGGACCUCCAGCUGCUGGCAAGUGUCGGCAAGACUGGGAAGGAGUGGACGGCACCUGGGGAGUUCGGGAAAUUCAAGAGCCAGAAGUCGAGGCCAGUGAAGUUGUCUUCCAUGAGCAAGUACUACUUUGAGGUGCUACACAAGCAAGAUGACAAAGGAUCAGACCACGUGGUAGUGGCAUGGAAGCUGAAUGACCCAGAAACCAAGUUUGCUGUUAUUGACUCUGAAUCCCUCUCCCUUUAUGCUAAUGAAACUCUUUUGAAAAUGGACGAAGUUGGUCACAUCCCGCAGACACUGGCUACGAAUCCAAAACAGAUUAUGUACAAUCAGGGUGCAAUGGAGCACUCCGCUGACAUGCUCGAGCCUGACCCCCGGGACACCAUUUAUAAAUUGCCUCUCGUAAGGAAGUCGCAGUUGCGCAAGAUCCUUCCAGACUGCCCUUACAAACCAAGCUACCUGGUCAAUGGAUUCCCUCUGGAGCGCUAUCAAGGGCUUCAGUUUGUCCAUUUGUCAUUUGUAUAUCCCAAUGACUACACUCGUUUGACGCACAUGGAGACACAUAACAAGUGCUUUUACCAGGAAAAUGAAUCUUUCCUAAACAGAUUUGGAUUCUUCAGGUAUAUGAAAAUGGACAAGCCAGAGGGGACGAAUUCAGAUUAUGAGGAAACAACUAAGUUGCCAGGCUAUGAAGGAGAAAAUUUUGAUGAUGUUCAGUAUGAAGACCCAGAUGACAUGCACCCUCCAUUAAGCUCCUCCAGACCCAAAGUAGAAAGAGGUCCCAUCCUGGCAGCGGAGUACGCCAAUGUUUAUGAUUAUUCCCCACUAAAGCCUCGGGCUCUCCUGUCAGUGGCUGGGAAAGGUACACAGAGCAAUGCUGCUAAAAAGCGGGUAAUGACAUUGGUCAACAAUAAAACCACCCCAGAAAUAAAUUCACCAGUAGGAAGGCUGUAUCUGAACAGCAGAAAUCAAGAGAACUCCAAAAGCUCUCCUCACCGCGACAGAAGCGCCCACGAGUUGCCAGCUACCAAGAGGAAAGGAGGAGAUGAGGGCAUGCAGACUAACAAAAGGACCAAAGGGACUGGGGAACAAAAUCCCAUCAGUCGCAGGGAUUCAGCUGGAAGGAUCCCAAGAGAGACCUUGGGUUUUAACGCAAACGGAAACAUGGACCUGUCAUCAUUAGAAACCACAAAAACAAGGAGGCAAUCCCAGGUGCUUGACAAAGGAGCAGGGAAGGCAGCCCUCCAGGAACAGCCUGCUCAUGAGGACCAGUGGCUUAACCAAGUAGAUUCGUAUAUAGCCCAGCACAAGGCGGCAGAUGCUGCGAAUGUCAUUUUAGGAAGAGUGGAUCUGGAUCCCCAGACACCUGUCAGGACUGAUUCUGCCCAGCCAGCAGUGCACAAGGCGGAGGAUGAAGAAAAGGUGGUAGUGGUCGAGGAACAGGAGAAAGAGGAGGAGGAGGAGGAGGAGGAGGAGGAAGGGGAAGUAAACGAAGAAAAGGAGUUUCAUUACAUGCCUGCAUUUGACCGACUAGUGAACUGGCAGCAGACUUUCAGGGCGAGUAACUUGGAUUUCCAGGUGCUGCGGACAGACUGGAUUGACCUGAAGUGCAACACUUCAGGGAACCUGCUGUUAAAAGAGAAGGAAGCCCUUGAGGUCACUCAUGCAUUCCUAAAGAAGCUCAACCAGAAGAACAAAGGGCGAUUCCAACUGCUGCGCGUCGUCAAUGUAGAGAAGCGGCAGGACCACCUGCGAGGCAGCCGCUACCUUCUGGAGCUGGAGCUGGUGGCACGGGAUAAGCGCAUUGUCCGUUUCUCAGAAUACAUAUUUGCACGGGACUGGCAUGGUAGCAGCAGCGGUGAGGAGGAGGGUAUUAUGAAGGAUCUGGCAUGGGGCCGCCAGCGCCACUUGUUGGCCAGAAAAACUGAGCCAGCCCUGUGCUGGCCAGCAGGCUUUUCCUGGAACCAUCGUGCCGUUGUCCACUUCAUAGUGCCAGUGAAAAACCAGGCACGUUGGGUGCUGCAGUUCAUUUCUGACAUGGAAGAGCUGUUCAGGGUUACUAAGGACCCCUAUUUCAACGUCAUCAUCACAGACUACAGCAGUGAUGAUAUGGAUGUAGAAAAGGCUCUGAAAAAGUCCUCAUUGCGCAGGUACCAAUAUUUGCGGUUAACAGGGAACUUUCAGCGCUCUGCAGGCCUGCAGGCUGGGAUAAACCUAGUGAAGGAUUCGCACAGCAUCAUUUUCCUGUGUGAUCUUCACAUCCAUUUCCCGCCAGGGAUCAUUGACUCAAUUCGGAAGCACUGUGUGGAAGGGAAAAUGGCCUUUGCACCCAUGGUUAUGAGGCUCCACUGUGGUGCAUCCCCAAAAUGGCCUGAUGGCUACUGGGAAGUGAACGGCUUUGGCCUCCUGGGUAUAUACAAGUCAGAUCUGGUUCGCAUUGGAGGCAUGAACACCAGAGACUUUGGGGAACAGUGGGGAGGAGAGGACUGGGAACUCCUGGACCGGAUCUUUCAGGCCGGCCUGGAGGUGGAACGACUCUCUCUCAGAAACUUCUUCCACCAUUUCCACUCCAAGCGGGGCAUGUGGAACCGACGGCAACUGAAGAUGUGAUGAACAUUUGCACUCGCAGCACAGACUUUAUCCAGGCAUGUCGAGGAGAAGCCUCCAGUACUACAGAAGUCAGAACAUGAAUUUAGGAGUUAUGAGAAAAUAAGUUCAGGCGCAGAACUGAGAGCUUUUAUCUUGUGAGAAAAAUGAAAAUGGGAAGAAAACAGAUCCUACCUCUAGUGUCUUACAUCCACGACAGCGAUCUUUUUAAGAGCACAAAACCAAACUUUCUCACCAGCAUGUCAGAGAUGCACUUCUGGGAAGCAAAAAGCACACAUAGGAAGUUGCCUUCCUCUAUGUCAGACCAAUUGGUCCAUCUUAGCCCAGUGUUGUCUGCACGGACUGGCAGCGGCUCUCCAGGGUUUCAAG